CUAUUACCCGCUGAAACGGCCUAAAGAUUGUACGCCAUUAUUGCACACGGACGCUACGGUGCGCUAUUCCAAACAUUUUGACCGGUUUUUGCUACAUUUAUCCUAUUCAUUCAUAGUUGAAGAUCUAUAAUGAGUGAUAUCGAGCGGAGUGGUAGUCGUAGUGCAAGUCCUAGAAGACCAAGAACAGCAGAUGGAGGUUUAAGAGACUCACGUUCACAUUCAAGAUCACGUAAAUCACGGGAACGUAAAGAAUCUCACCGACCAGUGAAGGAAUAUUCACGAUCACGAAGCCGUUCAGUUUCAAGAGGAAGAAAAUCAUAUCGCAGUAGCAAAUAUGCUAGUGCAGGUCACCGUGGUAGUAGUCGCAGUCGUAGUCGUUCUCCUUAUAGAGGUGGUCGAUAUUCUCGAAGCAGGUCUCGAUCAUACUCUCGUUCCCGUUACUCUCGCGAACAUGAUAGGAACAUUUAUCGUUCACACUCUCGGAGUCCAAUGUCAUCUAGACGACGUCAUGUUGGAAACAGAGAUAAUCCAUGUCCUUCCAGAUGCUUGGGUGUAUUUGGGCUUUCCAUUUUUACAACUGAACAACAAAUACAUCACAUUUUUUCCAAAUAUGGGCCUGUUGAACGUGUACAAGUUGUAAUUGAUGCAAAGACUGGACGAUCCAGAGGAUUCUGUUUUGUAUAUUUUGAAUCAUCUGAAGAUGCUAAAGUAGCAAAAGAACAGUGCACAGGGAUGGAUAUUGAUGGUCGAAGAAUAAGGGUAGAUUUUUCGAUUACACAAAGAGCUCACACACCAACUCCAGGAAUUUACAUGGGAAAACCUACACAUUUACAUGAUAGAGGAUGGGAUGGACCCAGAAGACGAGAUAGUUACAGAGGAAGUUAUCGACGUUCACCUAGCCCAUACUACAAUCGCCGUCGCUCACGCUAUGAUAGAUCUCGAUCACGUUCUUAUUCACCACGUCGAUAUUAAGUGACACGAGUGUGAUGCGAGAGGCCAGGUGUUUGGGAGACCAUUUGUGUGACUUGACCCUUUGACCUCAAAUUUCUUCUAACAAUACUGUACCGGGUCAAAAAAUGCAAACGCUACAUUCUUACUACUAUUCUUACCUUACCUAGUUCUGCAUUGUAUGCAAUUAAUAUACGGCAUUUAAAUUAUGAUCAUACAAUAUCAGUUAAUCAGAUAAUCUAAUAUGCAAAGAAGUGUAGUAUAUUCUUUGCAUGAAAGAGUAAGGUUAGAAUGGACGCAAACAAAACCUUAUUUUCACAAUGUUUCAUUUCCUAAGAAAUUGUUAUGAAGAUAAGGUUUACGUAUUGUAAUAUGAUGCUAAUAUGUGAAGGUUGGAAUAUAAUUAUUUCUAUCUUUCUUUGAUUUCAAUUUUGCUUAAAAAUUAUAUUCCAGCCAUUCUGUUUUUUAAUAUAACUGCUAAAACGUGUUACAAAUCAGGAAAAAAUGUGGUAUUCGUAAAUGUUUAUAUAAAAAAGAAAAAUAUAAAAAAACGGAAAGACCGAAAUACAUACAGAAAAGAAUGAAACAAAACAAAAAUAAACUUAAAAAUAGAAGUAAGUUCUCUAACCUGUUUGUUUGUUUAUAAGGUUUUGAAUCAAGAGGUAUUGGAUGAUAGAGGGAAGUUUGAAGUUUCACUCUGAAAAAAUGAAAGUUUUGAAAAGUUGAAGACAAGAUAUCUGAAGAUGUUUGUCUUGCUCGAAUUUCGAAGAUCCGAAGGUUUUUCGCGCUUGUGACAAAGAAUAUGAUCCGAAUCGCAUUCCUUACCGGCUGAGAAGUCUCAAGCCUAGAAGAACUGCAAGCCUCAAGACAGUAAGAAAUCGUUGAUCGUCAGGCCCCCGACCUGGACAAGCCAGUGGUUGGGGGUGAAACUGGUCGAACGUUUCAGAAAAUGUUCAAGAAGCAUCGAAAUCUUUUAUGAGUAGGAAAGAGCGUAAGCUGCUCCAAGGUUUAUACCGAUCAUAUUCUUUAUCAGUUGAUUUGGUUAAAUAAUAUAUCCGUAAAUAGGUGUUAUAUAAUAAAUAAACAUAUAUACCUUCGCCCUUAUUCCCUCCACCAUCCUAAAACCUCCUAUUUAUCCUUAAGGGUAACAUCCUAUUGUUUUCACUUUGUAUAGGAAUAAGCAGCGGCAAUUCGAAUUAAAACAAUUAAUAAACAGUGUUUUUUUAAUAUAAA